AUGGUUACAGAUUCCUCCAUUUAUAGGUUGGAAGACCUCCUAUCGAGCUUUUAUAGAGUGGAGAAAGUGGAAAAGAUCAAUUACCAUCAAUAUGUACCGAAGAAACAAGAUGAUCAAUGGUCCAUCCAAAUGGAAUUACUUAUACGGAAACAAAACCCUAGAAAUUUGGUAGCUCUUCUAUCUAGGGAACUCUGGUUAUUCAGUAUCAAUGAGCGAGAGAUACCUUCACUUCCGAAGGCAACUGGGAGCACUAAUAACACUGCCACUCCAGACAAAUCGGGCCAUUUCACGGCAGAUUAUUCAAAACCCAAUCUGCCACCACAUUAUGCACUUUUCCUGAAAGCCUUGAGAAGAAUGAUUUAUAUAAAUAUUACAGCGAGGUCCCAUAACAGAUUAGUCCCAUACGGUAACGCUUGCAUAUCGCUUGGCUAUUCCUGUUCAAAUCAAAUUCUUCAAAUUGAACCACACUUGUUUGAGGAUGGAAAUUUGGCAGUCACCGUAUGCUCGAAACCAAUGGGGUUGGUUCGACUUAGUGUGGACAAAAUUGAAGAAUCAUUUCUACGGCAGCAUGCACUCUACCUAGCUCCUUCAGGUAUAAGAAUGUACAUGUAUUCUGAUAAAAAAGAACAAUGUUUGGUACCACCGCCAAAGAAUUCUGAAAUACUCCUAAUGACAUUGUACAUUUCACACGGUAUAAACCUAUGUCAUAAAAAGAACAUUCAAUGGGCCAAAUUUAUUCCGCAUUUGGGUCAUUUAAAUGGUCAUACACCAAACGUAGCAACAUAUAUGGAUCCCCCAACCGACAUGAGGACGAUAGUGUGGCCGGUCGACCUUUGUUUUGCCCAAAAAGCUACAAACUGUCCUGAAAAUUCUAAAAAUGAUUUGUCCUGCAAUCAUUUGAGCGGUGCUUUUGAUAUAAUAGACGAUUUCAUGCAGUUGAAGCAAACCUCAGCAUAUCGCACUCCGAACAGUUCAGGAGGUGCUGCCGUCAAUACCGUUGGAACCAACCCCCUAAGUUCAGGAGGAGCAUAUACUGACCAGUUUCAACACUAUUAUAGAAACACAACAGGAAGUGCACCGAGUACGACUUACGCAGCAGUAAACGUGGGAGGAAAAGGAAGUCCUCAGGAUCUGUCUCCAGCAUAUACCACCCUUGAUAAACCGUUGAGUGGGUUAUCUGAUCAUUUUGGAAACGGUGCCUUCUUGACAACGCCUAACAUCAAUGAACAUGAUUUCAAUGAGAGAAGAAAUCUCAUAAAUGAUCUGGAUAUAAGUCCAGUCAAACCAGAUAUUGCAAACAACAAAGUGAGUACGAAAACUUUAAGCGUGCACUCACUUGAAGCAACCCCACAGACUAGCGAGAACUCUCAGGGUUUGGUUGGAUCCACGAGAGAAAACGAACUGUUUGGUGAGGAUGAUGAUGGUGAUGAUGAAGAUUUAUUUGGGGAGCAGGAUGGUUCCUCUGGAAGUUUACCCAAGCCAAAGGAUAUGAGUUUGGACAAGAAUCUAUCUGAUGAAAUUACAGAAGACAUGUUUGGAAUGUCUGAUGAUGAUGAUAGUAACAAGUGCAUCAGCCCUCGACGUGACUUGUAUCAUGUUGGUGAUAACGACGAGUCCCAGCAGGGGUUCCCCGCAAAAGGUUCUCGCUUGAAAAGAAAAUAUUUGGAUAUACCUAUGGAGGAGAUGACUUUAUCUAAUAGCCCCUUAUAUAUGGAUCCUGGAGCUCCUCUUCCAAUUGAAACUCCAAAGGAUAGGCGCAAAAGCGUUUUUGCGCCAUUGACUUUCAAUCCAAUUAUUGAAAAUAAUGUUGAUAAUAAGUACAAAAAUGGCGGAAAGUUUUCAUUCAGCCCGUUAUUAAAUGAGGAAUCUUUGAAAUUUGAUGUAUCAACCGCAGACCUUUCCAGUUCUGAGGAAGAAAGUGAUUCAAGCGAUGAUUUCGCUGAUUUCGUGGCAAGACCUUCUGCAGAGCCCAAUAUGCAGGAAUUUCAAUACGGGAAUUAUCAGGCAAUGCAAAUCAUUCCCGAUUCAGUACCUCCUGAGGGGAGUAAAAGUGAUUUAGUUUCCCCAAAUCUAUCAGUCGUAAACGAACCUACUAAAGACUCCUCUAACGCCAUCUGGAGAAUCCCUCCAACAGAUUUAUCUCAAAACGAACCACUAAUUAGUUCUACCGGCGAAACUGUUUUACAAAAUGCUGAUUUAAUGGAGCCCAGCGCGGCAGAACAAACAUCUCACGAAAGAAAACAAAUUAUUAGCGACGGAACCAGUUCUUUCGAUUUAGCGGAGAACGAAGCGACUAAUUCUGGCGUAAAUCCAAGUGGUGAUUCUUUGAUACCUGAAACUUCUAGUAGUUUACCUUUCCUGUUACGCCACAUGCCUUUAUCUUCAAUUCCAUGCACGUUUUCCUCUGUGAAUCCUACUAUUGUUGUCAGCGAAAAAGACCAGACGAUUUUGGCUUUAUUAGCAGAACAGAUCGUAUUCGACUACCAAAUCUUGGACAGUAUGGCGAAAUACGAGAUAACGAAUUUAGGACUCAAGACUUGCAGCGAUGGAUUGGUUUCUCAUGUAAUGAAGCAAGUUUUCACAGAAUUUACAAGACUGCAUGGUGGUGACCUAAUAAGUAAGUUUUACUCUAUCAACCAGCCAUCAGUCUAUGUCAAAAAGCACCAUGAAACUGUAACAUUGAAUGCGGAUUCUCAGCCUUUCAACAAGUAUUUGAACUCUAAACCUGCCAAUGGAAUCAAGAACAUCAGAUUCUUACUGCUUACAACUGCUUUUCACGAAGACUGUUUGUCCUUCGUUUCAACACUAUGUCAAACUUACAUAGGCUAUGAAUUUGGAUUUUGCGAACUAUUGAAACUAGCGAAUGAAGAUGCACAAGGCCUAGUAUGUUUGAAAGAUUUGGAAAAGGGAAAACUAUUACUCCUUGCUGCUCAGAUCGUUACCUACUGCUCGACAAAUAAAAAUGCAGGCAAAGAUGUGCCAGUUAUGAUCAUGCUACCAAUAGAUUCAAAUACGCUGGAGGAGGUUGUCACAAAAGUAACCUUAUUUAACAUAAUACGAAGCGAAGUGACAGCAAAGAUACCGAGUGCUCAGAUCUUUUUAAAACUAAUGCCAAUAGACUUUAUCCGAAAUCCUCUAACUUCAGUUGACUCCUAUAGCGAUUUAUGCAUGAGCAUAUACAAUAUUUUACCACCAAAGAGUAUCAAGUUCGCCUCAGUUGCUCAUAAGUUGCCAGAAAAAGUUGUGUUCAGAACCCAGCAACAAAAUAAUGGUUCUCCUGGAGUACACUACGAUGCAUUAAUUCAUUUAGCAUAUGCUCGCAGCGUUGACAAAGCGUGGGUGUUCGCUGCAUUUUCAGAUAGCCGAGGAAAUGAAAACAUGGUCAAAGCUUGGUAUGUUGGAACCUCCAAAAACAAAUUUGAUGAUGCCUGUAACGAGAUAUGGUCAUUAGCUUUAAAAAUGAGCUCUAAAAAAUACGGCAAAACCUGCUUGAUUCUAACGAGACUAAAUGGUGUUCUGCCUGACGACGAGCUAAUGAACUGGCGACGUUUAUCAGGUAGAACUUUGCAUCUAGCCGUAGUAUGCGUCGACGACAAUACCAAGGUAUCUUUUUUCGACGAGGAGAAAAUAUACCCUACUUUUAAGCCCCUUUUAAAUGAUGAUAGUUUAUGCAAAGAGAUGAGCGCUAAAGAUCUGGACGACUUUGAGAUCAGGGACAUUGUGCAAGAUGUUCAUGCUGUAGUAUUUUGUCACCCAUUCCCCUUAACGAACUCUCAGCAUAGAUGCGCAAUUAAAAGUGGUGCGCUUAUUCAAUUCGGGAACGAGUUAGGUGAUUCCAUAUUGAGAAAAUUUGAGGUCAACCUUUUAAACUGUCCCCAUUCUGAUAGUACAAGUCUGCUAGAGACAAUUUUAGAAGAAUUUAGAAAUUUGGGAGCACUGAGUUCAUGGUUUGGCGUUUCCAAUGGUGAAACUGCUCAUAUACCUUGGCAUGUUUUGGCUGUCAAAAAAUUACUGGGAACGCUGGUUCACACAAAGGUGAAAGUAUCUGAAUGA